AUGGUGCGUACAGUAGCAGUGAUUGGGGCGGGUCCCUCAGGUCUGACCAGCAUCAAGAGCUGUCUGGACGAGGGUCUGGAGCCCACCUGCUUCGAGAGCAGUGAUGACAUCGGGGGGCUGUGGAAGUUCAAGGAAGUUUCUGAGCCCAACAGAGCCAGUAUCUACCGUUCCCUCACCAUCAAUAUCUCCAAGGAGAUGAUGUGUUUCAGCGACUUCCCCAUCCCAGCUGACUACCCCAACUACAUGCACCACUCCCGUAUCCUGCAGUACUUCAGGCUUUAUGCUGAACACUUCCAACUGCUGCAGCACAUCAACUUCAAGACCAGUGUGCGGAGUGUGAGACAGAGGCCAGACUUCAGUCAUUCAGGCCAGUGGGAGGUGGUGACAGAGAACAGGGAGGGACAGGAGGAGAGACACUUGUUUGACUCUGUCAUCGUCUGCUCUGGUCACUACUCCUACCCACACCUUCCACUUAAAGACUUCUCAGGUAUUGAGUCGUUUGAGGGGAAGUACUUCCACAGUUGGGAUUAUAAGGGUCCAGAGGACCUUCAUGGGAAGAGGGUGGUGGUGAUCGGCAUCGGCAACUCUGGAGGAGACAUCGCUGUGGAGUCCAGCCGGGUGGCCGAGCAGGUGUACCUGAGCACGCGUCGCGGUGCGUGGGUUAUACGUGUGCUGUCGGACAACGGCCUCCCUGUGGACAUGAAGUAUAACACACGCUUUGUCCACAUCCUCUUCCAACUGCUGCCAGUUAACUGGCUCAGCUGGUUCGGAGAGAAGAAGCUCAACGCCAUGUAUGACCACACCAUGUACGCCCUCAAACCCAAACACAGGUUGUUCAGUACGAUUCCAGUGAUAAAUGAUGAGCUUCCCAAUAAGAUCUUGACUGGUGGAGUCAUGGUCAAACCCAAUGUCCAACAGAUCAGAGGCUCCAGUGUGGUGUUUGAAGAUGGGAGUGUGGUGGACAAGGUGGAUGUGAUUGUGUUCGCUACGGGUUACAACUACGACUUUCCCUUCCUGCCUCCCAACGUAAUGCAUAAGUCUGGCCACCGGUUGGGGCUGUACAAGCAUGUGUUUCCCCCCACCCUGGAGCACCCCACCAUGGCCGUAGUAGGCUUCAUCCAUGCCCUGGGUGCCAUCAUGCCCCAGGCAGAGAUGCAGUCCCGCUGGGUCACACGUGUCUUUAAAGGUCAUAAGAAGCUACCGUCCAACCAGGCCAUGCUGAAGGCUGUGGAGUGCGACACCAAGGACAUGGACAAGAACUACAUCGUAUCCAAGCUGGUGCCGCUGCAGGUGGACUUUGUGUCCUACAUGGAUGACAUCGCUGGAGAGGUGGGGGUCAGGCCCAGCCUGGCCUGGCUGUUCUUCACUGACUUCCCCCUAUUCAAGAGGGUUCUGUGGGGUCCCGUCACUGCCUACCAAUACCGUAUCACCGGCCCAGGGAAAUGGUCCGGGGCACGCCGAGCCAUCUUCACCCAGUUUGAACGCAUGUUUCAGCCCUUCAAGACCAGACAGGUGGAGGAGAAGCAGGGAUGUUCUGUGGCGGGCCGUCUGCUAAAGCUCAGCCUCACAGCGAUGGUGGGAGGAGCAGCAGCCUACUACUUCCACCUCCAACCACCCUCCUCCCUCACCUACCUUCUCUCCAAACUCACACCUCAGAGAGCCUAA